AUGGUGCCCACACUGUUAGCAAAAACACUACCAACUACACUUUCUGUGAGGAGGCUCUUUAUUCCGACCCACGUCCCCCCCACCGCAGAUCGAUAUGUACUUGCCUACAUAGCUUUUGACUUGGCUUAUGUGAACGCCACCCAUACCAACGAUUACAUAGGCUCGCUGCUUAAGAAUGUCGCAACAACAAAUCAUAGUAAGCGGCCAGAGCUAGCCCGUCAACUCCAAAGAUGCCACGGCUUUUAUGGGCAGGCCGUUCAAGUUCCUGCAGAAGCCCUCAAUGAUUUGGACUCUGAGACUUACUUCAAUUUGGGUCUUUUGGCUGUUGCCGCUGAUCAUUCUGCCCGUGAUUGUGAAGUCACUUUCAAUGCUCACUCUUCACUGUCCCGGAUGAAUCAAAACUUGAGGAACCUUUCCAAAAUUUGUCUCGUCGUCUCUAAACUCUUAACAAUAUCUUGA